AUGACUCGUGUGCCGCUGACUAAGGCGCGGAGCCAGCUAUCUGAUCACUUCAACAAGUUUAAGGAGCAGAUUCCGAUUGAAUUACUACAACUUAUAACUACUUCUCAGGAGAUGAACUCUUCGGAGGUGGUGGAUCAUCAAGCACCAGAAGCACUAGGACAACAACUUCAACUUGUGGAACAGGAGUCUGCCCAUCAAGAACAUGAAGUAGAGCGUCAGUCUACUUAUUGUCCUCCACAACUACCACACGAUGCGCAGAAUUUUCCAGUGUUGCAUAGGGAGUUCAAACCGAAAGUGCUGUUUUUGAGACCAACCUUUGCGCUUUUGGACGACGAGAUGACUGGCGUAUACGUCUACGACCGACGUGUGAACCGCCUAGCGCGAUUACCAUUCGUGAAUAAGGAAGUAGCAGGAGAUCAGGACGGAGAUGAAGAGCAAGGAGGAUCACGCACUGUUCUUGGACAACGAAGAUGUCAGGGUUCUCCUGUUGUCCUCCCCGCUCAUCAACAAGGCCAGACGCAGAUGACCGAGGAACAAGCAGCUUAUUUUGUUAAGAAAUGAAGUUGUUCGUGCUCAACAUUUGCAAAAUUUUUCUUACUAAAAAUCUUGAUUUUGAUUGUUUUUGGCAUCAUGAUCGAUCCCUUUCAAAUUUUUCUUACUAAACAAAAUCUUGAUUUUGAUUGUUUUUGGCAUCAUGAUCGAUCCCUUUCCUCGCAGCUGCCUCUCUUCCCUUUUCCCUCCAUGCCUCCUUCCCUCUGCUUACCCUCUCUAAUUUCCCUAACUACAACGCUGAAGCGCAAGCCCCCUCAGGAUAUUGGACAUAUGAUCAACACUGUGAUCAGAAUGGCUUCUAUUUUGGACCACAAGGACUUCCGGGAUUACACGGACAAGCAGGACAAGAGCAGGAGAUGGCGUGUAACAAAAACCCUUUUGAUCAAGUCGGCGACCACUAUUACGCUAGAGCUCCUUGUAAUGGCGUUAGUUCUUGGGAGGCAGAGGCGGAUGGCCCUACAGUUGACGAUAUUGCCGAAAAUAUGACACGUCUGAACGUCUCAGCUGAAGGGGAAGCAAAACUAGAAGGUAAGACGACUUCACUACCACCAAGGUUGCGAGGAAACUCGUUGGGAGCUAAGGCCUAAUUGUAGGUAGAUGCUUUGGUAUUGGUGGAUAGAGAAAUUAUAAUAUAGAUGUACUUUUCUUUUUUCGGUUUUUGUUUUUUCUAGUUAGGUUGGUAUGCUCCACCAACAAUAUAGAUGUACUACACUCAGAAGUGAGUCGUGUGAGUAGGUACUACUGCUACUAUUGCUAAUAAAGGACAUCAGAGCAGGAUAUGACAUGCGCUAACAAAACCGCAAACGAUGAAACGAAAGCUUCGACGAUGGCCAAGGCUCCGAACUCCACCAGUACCAAGAAGGGUAGUACUAGAAAAGGAAAGCAUGUUGAAAGAGUAGCUGUUCACCCACCAGAUGCAUCACCAAGUACAACCUAUGAUCGUAGUUCUCUAUUGAUGCACUUCGAUUGGAUCAAUCGGCUCCAAGCGGCAGACCAAGCGGAACUGCAGUAUUUGCGCGAGAGGGUGAAGCAGCUUACUAAUUUAGCUGAACAAGAAGAUGGGGAAAUUGGCGACGACACGACUGGAUCUCCAGCACAAGAACCGAUGAAGAUACGUGCAGGCAUGGAGAAUAUUCGUCUUCCUCCUGGAUUGGAAAUGCGUGCUUCACUUGGCGCUAUCGAGAGUCUCCGACGUGCUGGAGGUAACACGGACGUCAGAACAAGUAGAGCAGAAGGUUCAUCUAUUAAGGCUCAACUUUCAAUGGUCACCAUUGAGAUUGGGGUCACUGAGAUCGAAGAGGCGACCCCUUGAGAGAACAGGGGAAAAGGAAGGGAAAGGGGAGAGCUUUGAAGGGGGUCCCUUCCGUUCAGAGUCAGUGACCCUUGAAUGCUGAGCUUUAAAUCUAGUUCCACAGAACAUAAUACUCCUAGUGGUUCCCCCUCGUGUUACACAACAGCUCGAGAAGAAGCAACCAGCGGUAGUGGAGGACUAGGUAGUAGUGUGCAGAGCUCUCCGAGUUUGGUCCCAGGGGAAGCUGCGCUGUCUAUGGAAGAAGUCGAUGAGGAAAGUCUUGGUGGAGGAGAAAGUCUUGGAGAAGCCAAUGCAGAAGAUUGGAACAACACUUCUGGACGAUGGAGAAAAUGUGUGUGGAAAGAGAAAACUAAACCAGAAGAGCAGAAGGUGGACCACGGAGUAUUAUCUUCACCUGCAACAUCUUCAUCCAAAAAGAAAGCUGAAGCUGAAGAAAAGGCAACAAAGAAAGCUGAUGAAGCAUCUUCGAAGAAAAGCAGGGGUAAGGCUAAGGAAGAACAAUCUCUGAAGAAAUUGCUCGCAAAAGUGGCGGCUCUGGAGGCGGAAAACAAGAGCAUGGAGAAAGAACUAGCAAACACCAAAAAAGAGCGCAGCACUCUGAGUCGGAAAGUGAAUGUUAUGAUUCACAAAAUUUGACUCGCAGGAUAAAGUUCAUUCACAAGGAUGAAAUACAACACCUUGCCGUUGUCGAAUAGAUUCAAAUCCACUUCAGGUAUGCCACGUUAGUUAUACUAGGUCCACAGUAUCAGUAGUUACUAGGCGACUCCGACUUUUUAUGUAAAGCAGCUUCUUCCUUCUUCUAAAUCCAACACCAGUGACAACUAUGAUGCGAAGGCUGCAGAAGCCUGGGGUUGGCAGAAGGAGGCUUACCACAAGGAAAAGGUGAUCAAACAGAAACAGGAGAUUAUUGACAGACUUCGUACAGAUCUUAGCAGAGCCAAGGCGGCCGCUACUUGGAGGAGAGAGAAGUGAUGUACCAGAUUGGUUAAGGACGUUAGGUGAACGUAGAAUAGGUGGACAUAGAGGAGGAGACUCAAGUGGACGUCCAAGACUUCGUGUAAAAAUGUAAAAAUAAUUGGUUGUACAAAAUCGUCCGUUUUGUAUCGAACCAUUUGAUGUGAUAAUCGAUCCAUUUGUUGUACUUUUUGAAACUCCACCUAACAAACAUAGAGCUAGAACUUGAACGCUGCAGGUACCACGAUAAGCAGCGUGCGGAUACUAAGUGUUCAAAUUGUAGUUCCUGAGUGGUUAUGAUUUGCAUUUUCUUCUCCUACUUAUAUAUACUUCAAGCACCGUGAAGUAGCUCGAAAACACAUGACAAAAAUCCUACUGGAUGGAGGUCGAACGAACCAGACUUGUAACAAAGGUUAUUGCUUCACGCUCUUACUUUCUUCUUCAUCAGCGUAAUUCUUACGAAAUCGAUGUGUCAGUGUAGAUAAUCGAUCCAAAAAGAAAUACCAAUCGUCAACGACAAGACGGAUUAAGAUUAAGUUUCAGAUUGAUUAUGUGUAGUAGAACUUUCAUCUGAGCUUGUGCCUGUGUGGCUGAACAAGUACGUUGUUUGCGGGAAUCAGUUUCUGGAUAAUUCCCAUACACUAGACUGGUUGUAUUAACUAUUUGAGAAUACAAACAAGUACAACAGCAGUGUCUUCGACCACAACAAGAAGUACGAAUGAAAAUCGUUUUAGAGUACUUCUUUGCCGACGAAAAACGUAAAAGGGUCGAUCAACCAGAUGCUGGUGAUCAUGACCUUGCCGACUGCUAAUGACAACCUGCAGCCAUUUCUCGAUUCGACCUCAAAUCAAAUGUACAAAGAUUACAUGAUCAUGUCGAAAGUCAUGUACAAAUCAUUCUAUGACAUUGAUUCGGGGACAGAUUUGCCUGCGCUUGCGCCACUAAAAAUUACCUGUAUGUAAAUGUAAGUGAUAAACCACUACUUCCCGCCCGCACGACGUUCUCCUUGGGGCGCUUCGCCGGCGCCCGUCUCGACACCGUGCGUGAAGAUUCGGCAAGAAGGGCACCCUAUCAUAUUCUAUCCUACUGCUUCUCAUCAAAAUCACUUGCGAAAUAAUAGAAUAAUAUUAAUCUUUUUGAAGGAACAAAAAGCUAAAAAUGCAACAUGAUGGCGACCUGUGGAACUGCACUCCUGGGUGUGAAGAUUAUUAGACCUGCUCCUUGCGUGUACAAGUAAAAGUUCGUUGUACUUGAUUUUUCCGUUUGCAACCAUUUUUUAUAACGUCCUCCAGAGCACUGACAGCAGCAGCAGGAUGGGAAUUCUAGAAGCUGGUGCGCUCCCCUUUUGGCCGAAGACUUGUAGCUUGAAG